UCGAGCAAAACUAGGCAAACCGAAAUGAACUAAUAAAUGCGAUUUGUUUAUUUUUCAAUUUUGUGUAUUUAAAUAAUUUUUUAAAGUGAUAAGUCUUAAGAAAUUAGAGUUUUAAGAUAUACUAAAGAAUUAAAAUUUAAGUCGCAAUUUUUAUUAGUUUAAUUAAAUAUUUAUUUUUGAUUAUUGAUGAGUAUGAAUACUUAUGGAAAUAUAUCAGUUUUACCUGUGGAGGUGAUUGAAAAAAUUUUCCUCUAUCUCUCUGCCAAUGACAAACUGAAUGUUUCUUUGGUCUGUAAGCAAUGGUUGAAUAUAAUUGAUCAACCUAAACUUCUAAGAAAUUUACUUGUCUUUGUCAAAUAUAAUACAACAUGCAUCAUUCAUUCAACUUUCACACGCAAUUUUAGCCACUUUAUUUUUGAUGAUCUUGACAUUACGUUUGAAUGCGUUAAUUUUUUCUUGAAACAUGGGCAAUAUAUAAAGUUCAUAGCAUUUAAAAAUUGCAGCAUUGAAUUGAAAGCUGAGUCAGGGUGUAAGAAUUUAAAUAUUUGUCCUAAUCUAGAGUCUCUAGAGUUUGAGGAUUGCUUUUUAGACAUUUUCUAUCAUCUUCCGUGCCUGAAAGAACUAUCUGUCAGUAGCGAAGAAACUUUUUCUAUCACUGAUAGAGUUCUUUAUGUAUUUCAAAAAACAAUGCCCCAUCUGGAAAGAUUUGUGCUCCACCAUCCUGCAGCUUCUGCGAAUGUUGUUAUCAAAAGAUUUUAUCCGAGACAAAAGAAAUGGACUGAAAGACCAUCUGACUUAAUUCUGACCCUUCCUGCCAUUCGUGAUUUUGUUCACACCCGAUCCAAAACAUUGAUUCACCUUUCUAUAAGGAACAAAGAUAUGCAACCUAAUUAUGCCCUGAGUUUAUUUAAAAGUGAACAUUUUAAACUGAGACGUUUGUUUUUGAAUAAGUUGUUUGAGUGUGUUAAUAUUAUCCCCCAAAUAUGCCAAUACCAAACUUCAUUAACAGAGCUACAUUUAACUUGUUUACAGAUCAGUGAUGCCGCCAUAAAGCUAAUCUGCUCCAUUUUACCAUCCCUCGAAGCUUUUACGAUGCAAAAUAAUCUAUUGUUAGAUUCUAGCAUUGUUGACAUUUUCCAAUUGAAGUGUUUGCAAACUUUGGGUCUUGAGUCUUGUUCAAACAUUAGACUGGAAAGCUUCAACAAUGCUCUAAAAGUGUUUCAGCUCCAUAAUCUAAGAUCAUUAGAUCUUUCAUCAACUAAACCAGAUGAUGAAUGUGUUAGAAAUGUAUUGAGACUAACUCCUAAGCUCUGGUCUCUGAAUUUAAGCUCCUGCUUGUGCAUUUCUGACGAAACAGUUCAUAUUAUUUGUGUAAAACUGCAUAUGUUGAGAUUUUUGGCCCUCAGCGGCUGUAAGAAUGUUACAGAUAGCGGUCUGAUAAGUUCACAAGAACCAAAAGUGUCUCUCUCCAAUAUCAAAGGACUCAGAGAAUUACACUUGAAAAUGUGUCCUAAAAUAACUGUUAACGGCUUAUUAGAAAGUGUAAAGUUUCUGGAGUUGCAAUCUUUACAUAUUCAAAACAAUGAGUUUAAUGUUUUAGAUACAAUGCAACGAUUGAAAACUCAAAAUCCAUCUCUUCGAUUUGAUCCUUUUUUACUGGCAGAAAAACGGCAGAACAUGCUUUACCCUUAUUAGUUUUUGCGAUAUUAAAUCCAAUAGAAAUCAAUUUUUUAUUAUUAACCCCUUUUAUCUAGAUAAUCUAGAUAAAAUGCUAACUUUCCUGUGCCAAAUACCUUAAUUUUUUGUUGUCACUAAAAUAAAGACAUUCAAAUUUUUUAGAACUAUGAGUUUCCUCUAAUGUUUUCUCAAAAGCUCCAUCAUUCGUCUUCAGAAUUUCAAAAACUUUAAUUGUUCGUCGAGUCACAUUUUCUGCUUUAAUUAAAUCCAGGUUUCUUUCUUGCAAUGCUUUAGAACAUAGAAAUUUCUGUCAAAAUAUCAAUCAUGAAGGGCCAGAUAUUUUAAGGGAGUUUUUAUUUUCUAGAUAUUUUUGCAUGACUGCGAAUUUUUCAUUUGAUUUGAAGAACAAAUGCAGAGAUAGAUAAGCAGUCAAAUUGCAGUUGCAAGUUAAAGAGCAUGCUGCCUUAAAACACAUCCAAUCUUAAUGAUUUCAAUUCCAGUCUGCUCUGAGAUAUUGACUUGAAAAGUUCAAUCUGAUUUUUGUUGGAUUGGGUAAAAAAUUUAUAAAUUUUAUCAAUUAAGAACUUAAAAUGGUUAACUUCUUUGAUUGAAUAAUCUAAAACAAAAUGAAGGCGAUGAUUUAAACAAUACCAGACUCUAACAUUCGGAAAACAACUCAGAAUUAGAACAAUGUCCCAACCAUUAAUCGGCUCUAUCAGAACAAAAUGUAAUUAGAUUUCAUUUUAAAUUAUCGUUGUCAAAUCCUACGCUGUUUAAAGUUUGCAUUAGAAUUUCUGGAUCUUUCACUUGAAUAAUAAUU